UCCUCUUCACCUACUACCACUCGUCUCUUUCCUCCAACUCUUAACCGCCGGAAAAACUCACCGCCGGCGACCCAAAAUGACCGACUCGCCGCCUCCCAAUUACUGGGGAGACAUGCCGGAGGAUGAAUUCUACGCCUCCCAAGGAGUACAAAACACCAAAUCCUACUUCGAAACACCAAACGGAAAACUCUUCACCCAAUCUUUCAUUCCUGUUCAGGAUUCUUCACCCGUCAAAGGAACAGUCUUCAUGUCCCACGGCUACGGUUCUGAUACGGGUUGGCUAUUUCAAAAGAUCUGUAUCACCUACGCCAAUUGGGGAUACGCCGUUUACGCCGCCGAUCUACUGGGUCACGGCAGAUCCGACGGAAUCAGAUGCUAUAUGGGUGAUAUGGAUAAGAUUGCGGCGACUUCUUUGUCUUUUUUCCGUAGCGUUCGCCAGAGCGAAUCGUAUAAAGACCUGCCCGCCUUUCUGUUUGGCGAAUCCAUGGGCGGCGGAAUCACGAUGCUAAUGUAUCUCCAAUCUGACCCAGAUGAAUGGACCGGGGUUAUCUUUUCCGCUCCUCUGUUUGUCAUCCCUGAACCCAUGAAACCAUCAAAGCCGCAUUUGUUCUUUUACGGAAUGUUGUUUGGAUUAGCUGACAGUUGGGCUUUAAUGCCUGAUAACAAGAUGGUAGGAAAAGCCAUUAAAGAUCAGGAAAAGCUAAAGAUUAUUGCGAGCAAUCCACGGCGUUAUACAGGUAAACCUAGGGUUGGAACAAUGAGGGAGAUUGUGAGGAUGUGCGAUUACAUACAGAGUAAUUUUCAUAGAGUGACGGCGCCGUUCUUGACUGUUCAUGGGACGGCGGACGGAGUGACGUGUCCGACGAGCUCGAAGCUUCUUUAUGAGAAGGCGUCGAGCGAAGACAAGACAUUGAAGAUCUAUGAAGGAAUGUAUCAUUCGCUGAUUCAAGGAGAACCUGAUGAAUGUGCUAAUAUUGUUCUUGGUGAUAUGAGAGCUUGGAUUGAUGAAAGGGUUGAGAAAUAUGGAUCCAAAAAAGUUUAGUUUUUGAACUUUAUUAUUAUUAUUAUUAUUUGUUGUUUAAUAAAGUUUAAAUUUUGAUUA